AUGGCAUCCGCCCACCGCGGCUUCGAGCAAGCCGUGAGUCAAGCCAACGCCGAGACGCUGAACGAGCUCAGCCGCCACUGCCAGUCACUCCAAAACGACAACGAAGAGCUUCGCACGGUGCCCGAGCAGUCCCAGAAGGUGCCACCGAGAGAUCCGCCUUCACCGAAGAAGUCUUGGUGUCGUCGGGGCAGUUCUGUUUACUCCGGUGAGAAGCCAAAGAACUGGCCCAUUGUCUUCAUUCUCGCGGUCUUCUUGCUGGUUGUCUGGGAGGAGAUGCAGUUCGACUGCCACUACCGCAUCCCGGAUCCUCCAAGGUCAUCGGCGUGGUCCAGGACGACAACGUUGCAACAGCUAGGAAUGCGGCACAAGCGAAGCAACGUCACGUAG